AUGUCGGGACUACCUGGUUCUGAAUCAUCAAUCUUCCCACCACAUCAAUCAGGCCACCUUCCACCAGUGCAACAAUAUGCUCAACAGUCGCCAUAUCAUGCCGCGACUUACGGGUCUGUCCCUGUGACGCCUGUCAGUGCAUAUGCGCCACAGCUUCCACCACUCAACACUAGUGCCAGUCAGUCACCAGGUCAGGAUUUGAAGUCAUAUACACCUGAUGGGGACCGCACGAAACCGAAACAGAAGCGUAACAAGCCUACUUUGAGCUGCGAAGAAUGUGUUGAGCGCAAGACCAAGUGCGACCGAGGACGUCCGGGAUGCUUGGCUUGCGCCAAACGGCAAUCGACUUGUAGAUACACGCACGUCGCUAAUCUGAUUGCUGAUGCCGGUCAGAAGGAUGUCGGAGCUGGUAGGCAGAGACACAUUGUGAAGCCACCGCCAGCCAAGGUCCGAAAACUCAAUGGCUCUUUCGAUGGUUCCUCAUCUUCACCAUCGAGUACUUCUGGUAUCAAGCAAGUAAGGACAGAUUUGUUCUCGAAAUACCAUCAUCGCUCGCCACGCGAAACUUCUGUCGGGUUCGGAACGCCUUUCUUGCAAUCGCAGGUCCCUUUCUCGAAGCAGACGCCUUCCAACAUCUUUGGUAUCGGAUCUUCUCACCCUUUCACGAAUUACUGGACAUGUCAGGGUGGUCUCGUCGAAGUCCUUGCAGUGCUUCCAAGCAAACAGCAGGCUGAUAUCUUGAUCGCAAAAUACUUCGAGUGCGUCGCACCUGUGUAUCCUUUCUUGCACAGACGCACCUUUUACGUGGCAUAUGAAAGGUUCUGGGCUUUACCGGAAAGAGAACGCGAGACGGCUGAUGCUGAUUUGAUUGCUUUGCAUUUCGCACUUUACGCUCUGGGCACUCAGUUCAUGGUAUUCCCAGCGUACGACGCGAAGAGUUCGAGUGCCGAGUUUCUGGCCUCCGCGGCCAACCAGGCACUUCGCAUCUACUCUUAUCUCAACAGAUCAUCACUUAGAGCUCUCGGUGCUCAGAUUCUGCUAUGCUAUUUCUUGAUGAACGACAAUCAUGCUUCAGAUGCUUAUGCUUGGUCAGGUAUCAUAGUACGGCAGGCAUAUGCACUACGGCUUCAUCGCGACCCUGACAUUAUACUACCGAAUAUCUCACCUGUGGAGAAACACACGCGCCGAAGAUUUUGGCAAGCUAUUCUUCACCAGGACACGUUCCUUACUGUACUGCUCAAGCUACCGCCAACAGCGACUCACAGCGAUGUGUCAAUCGACUCUUUGGCUAACGAGACUGAGGUCGAAGCACAAGACUCAACUAGAUAUACGGGCAGCAGUGCCCGCAUUGAGAAUCUCAUGAGCAUUAAUGUAAUCGCUCCUCCACAAGAUGCGCCAAAGCAGCCUGAGCCGCCCAUCCUGCCGCACCAAAGGAUCACUGAGGACGUCGAUAAAUCCGAUGUUCUGUAUAUCAAGGCGAUCUGGCGAAUGGCACUUAAAGUUCAAGAGCACUUAUGUUCUCCAGUCUCGCUAUCCAUUCCGAUUGCUAAGAACCCGCGGGCAAAGACUACCUUGGUGAACUCCUUCCGCGAAAUUUGGAAAUCUGCUCCUUCCUUCGUCACAAUUUCCGACUACGAGACACUUCGCCAGAUGGCUCAGAAUAGUGGAAGAGCAGUUCGCCAAAAUUUGUUCUUCACAAGCAAUUACUACCACUCCCUAAUGAUCAUUCAAGCAUUCGAGGAUGCAGAAGUCGGCGUAGAGCUCAACUUCCGUGGUGCGCUUGAGGCGGCUCACGAAGCUAUCUGGGCAUACUUCAAGCUCAAUGACUUUUUCGAAGGUGAUGGCGGUGUGUGGUGGGUGUUUCAACACCGAGCCUUUGAAGAAGCCCUCACUAUGACUGAUCUUCUGGCAACUCUGCCGGCAAACGAAGCAAACUCGAAAGACCCGCUUUACUCGAAAUGCAAGGACGCCGUACGCCAGAUGAUCGACCUCUUGCAGCGUCAAGGGGGAUCUCAAGAGAUGAACAAGCACAGACACGGAGCACUACUCGCUGCUUACGAGCAUGUGGCCAUCUGA